CUCAUUUGCUUUUCUUAAAAAGGGAGAAUAAAAAAAACGAUAUUUUGACAUUGACAGCAGUAGGUAAACAAAACCGGAAAUUCUAAUAGAAUGGAAAGCUGAUUCAAUUUUGAACUUCAGGACAGUGGAAAUAAAGACCUUAUUUUGUUAAAUAAUUUAUUUAUAUCGGGAUGUAGGUAAAGUUUACUUUAUCAAUUCCAAAAGGCAAAAAAUUAUUUUAGUAGAUCCGGGUUAUUCCUAUCCUUUAUUAUGAAUAAAUAAAGACGAAAGAAUUAGAUUGUUUCGCAAAACGUCAUGGAUCAAAACUUUUUUCUGUAUGUUGAUGCCAGGUGUACGCAGAUUUUUAGAACUUUAGACAGCCAAGUGCUUAGAAAUACUGAAAAAGCUGGAAUACAAACUAGGCCAGCAGAAAGCAACGGUCUCUGGUGUUGUGCAUUAUUACCAAUAAUUCUAAAUAUUUAUUCUGUCCAAUAUGCAGUAUCACCAUUAUACAAAUUUGUAUCAGUCAUUUCUAUUGGCUUGUUCAUUUAUUGUGUACUUUUCAUCAUAUUUUUGUCCAUGUCAAGUUUGGUAAUACAACAAUCUGUCUAUUCGGGUUGCAUUGCUUCAGGGUUUAUUUCUGUUCUAUUGAUGUAUACAAUCUUGAAUUGUGAUCUGCUGUUUUCUCUGAUUUAUUCUCUCACAUCAGUACUGUCAUUCAGUUGGUUGCUACGCACCUCACUUAACCAGUUUCAAAAAACAUUCACAAUUGGUGAAGCUAUGUUACUUCUGCAAGCUGCAGUUUUGUUUGUUGCAGCAACCAUUGCCAAAACUACAACCAAUCUUGAUGAGUCUGAUAAAGAGUUGGAUUUUAUUUAUACUAUUAUUUUUACUGUGCUGUUAACUGUUGGAAUAAUUAUAACAGCUUUAUGUCUACUGAAGGAUGAACAAAGAAAUAUUGAGACAUUGGGCUACAUUAUUGCUGGCAGUGGAGCAGUCGGACUGUUCAUAUUACAUUGUACCUUGGGAUUUAACUGCAUUUACCAUAUAAUUCAAUAUAUAUUUCUGGAAGGUAAUAGGGCUUUAAUAUUCCUAUUCUGGGCAGUGUUGUUGGUCAUAGCCUUAGUGGUAUUGGCGACGCGUACGCAACUCGCUGUUAAAGCAAGCACAGUUACGCGAAAAUCGUUCCACAUCCUAGCCUCUUUGGUCUUCAUGUCCGGAAUAUUACUGGACCCUAACCUGAUGACACUUGCAGCAGGGAUUGGUUUUGCAGUACUGUUAUUGACAGAGGCUCUCAGAAAAUCUAAGAUAGAUCCUAUAUCAUCAAUGCUUCAGUCAGCAUUUCUUGUCUAUUGUGACGAAAAGGAUUGCGGUUCUUUUGCGAUGACGCCACUAUACUUAUUCACUGGGCUCGCGUGCGGGCUAGCACUGGUGCCGCGCACGGCCGGCCCGGCGCCGCUGGAGCGACUCAGCGGCGUGCUGGCCACCGGCAUCGGGGACUCCGCCGCCAGCUGGUUCGGCGCCAACUACGGUUUCAACAAGUGGCCCGGUGGUCAUAGAACUUACGAGGGAACAUUCUUCAAUAUCUUAUCUCAAGUAGCCACAGUUUAUGCGUUACUGCUAUUUGAAUUAUUGGAUGUCAACUAUGCAUUGGUACGCACCACAAUAGCUGCAGUUAUAAGUGGGUUUGUCGAAGCCAGGACUCAUCAGGUAGACAAUAUGGUGCUGCCUCUCGUCACUUUAAUAGCUUUUCAAGCCACUUGGUUUUUAAGUUGACACUAAAUUUAGUAUGAUGUGACCAGCAUGUCUGCUGGUUUUUGCUGGCUGUGAGGGAGGUUGCAAUAUGUUGGCUAUAAGCAUGACAAUUUAUCAAUAUGUUUUUAUACUUUUAUAAACCAAAGACUUUUAAAACUUAUGCAUUAUUGUAAGUGGAUAAUUUAUUUUUCAUAAUAAAAAUAAUGCUGUUACAUAUUUUCUGGAUUUAUUUAUCACUACAACAUUGAUCUCGGCUUAACCUCUACCCGAUGUGAAUUUUUGUAUGUACAUUAUUACUUGAUUAUAGUG